AUGACCAUUCCUACAUUGUUCAUUGUGAUGUUAGGUUCUAUGAUCGAGCACCUGUGUGAAGUGCAGCAUGACGACGGAGGACAACUGAGACCUUAUGCUGACAAGCAUCAUUUAGCUAGAGCUGCAAGAGCUUUACUUUCGUCAGUCACCAGGGUUCUCUUACUAGCAGACACUGUCGUCGUCAAGCAACUACUCAGUAAAGACAGGGUAUCGAUUAGCCUGAAUCGGCUGGAAAACGUGGCCAAUUUUACAGAAUUUGUCAAAGCUUUCAGCCAGUUUGGGACGGAAAUGGUUGAAAUGGCGAAUUUGAUGAGCAGAUGCCAAAACGACAUAAAUAAUGAAAGGAGAAGAGCACAGAUGGCUGCCGCUCGGCAAGUUUUAGAAAGAUCUACAGCAUUGUUACUUACAGCAUCGAAGGCAUGCCUGAGACAUCCUGAUUGUGACACAGCCCGAGAAAAUCGAGACACGGUGUUCUUGCAGAUGAGGCGCUCCAUGGAUGUUAUCCAUUUUGUUGUCAAAGAAGGAGUUAUUCCAGAAUUAGCGGGGACGACGAACAAUGGGGAGCCCAGAAGGAACCAUGGUAUCCAUCGGCGAAGUAGGGCCCACCAUUACAAUCAUACAAGAGGGGAGGAGAUGGAACAGUGCCUCACAGUGUGCAACGCCAUUAAAAAAUUUGAGGAUCACGUAGAGAUGACAAUGAUGACUAUGGCAGGUCCCGGUUACAGGGGUCUGUUAACCAGUGCCUUGGAUUCUGUGGUGGAGAGGUGUCAAGACUUCACCGAUUCCGCUUACACAUCCCAUGAGCAUAGGGAGCGUAUCAUCUUGCUCUGCGACAGACUCAAAAUGGAGCUGCACCAGCUGCUCAGAGUGGGAGUACAGCUCGAGCAGAUAGGCCAAAUUUCUCCUAAUGAAGAAAUGGAAGCAGCCGUACAUGAGACACUUAGAGCAGCAAGAGACUUGAAACUGCAACUACAAAACACAGCAUUGGAGCAAGCUGAAGAUCUUCUGAAAUAUGUAGACAAAUCAACCCUAUUAAACAGGUUGAAACAUGCAUCUAUGACAGGAGAUCAUCCCAGGCUGGAAGAAAUCAGUGAAAGAUUUAGCGAACAAUCAGACCAUCUGCAAGAGCGUGUUUUGAAAUAUUUGAAGGUUCUAAGUGCUUGUCAUACACUCUUCCUUCACCCGAGUAGUAAAGUAGCGAGAGAAAAUGUCGAAGUUUUCAUGGAUGUCUGGAAAGCUCUCGACCAAGAUGUCACGGCACUUGCGCAAGAAGUGUCCGAACUGUGUCGAAAUGCUGCCACCCUUCCGACAAAACCUGACAAAAUGACUGUCACUAACUACACUUCCAACCCUUCCAAUGAGUUUAAUAGACAAAGUCUCCAACCUGCGAGCAACUCGAACAAUCAUUCAGCUGCACCCAAAAGUAUUGUGACAACCAAUCAGUUAACAGUACCAGAUCAGCAACCAACAAAGCUUGACGCAGAGGAACAAUCGAAUAUUGCCAAGUUAGGCUUAGAAAUGAAACAGCUGACGUCAGAAAUGGAUGCCGAAACGGACAAAUGGCCGACUGCCGAUAAUGAUAUUGUAAGAAGAGCGAAAACAAUGUCCACAAUGGCCUUCUCCAUGUACCAAUUCACUAGAGGAGAAGGUGAAUUAAAAACAACACAAGACUUGUUUACGCAAGCGGAGUUUUUUGCAGAAGAAGCAAAUAGGUUUUAUAAAGUAGUGAGACAUUUUUCAUAUCAGGUACCAGGUGGUACACAUAAAAAAGAAAUGCUUGAAAAUUUAGACCGUGUUCCGACAUUUGUGCAACAACUCCAGUUCACGGUUAAAAACACAACUGUGGGAAAAGCUGCCACAUUCACGAAGGUAGACAAUGUCAUUAAAGAGACCAAAAAUCUAAUGAAUGCCAUUUCCAAAGUAGUCACUACAUGCUUAGUUUGCGCCACAAAGUACAAUUUGGAUUUCGGGUCGGCUUCCGACCGCUCCCGCCUGAUGUCGCCUUAUAAUCGGGGAGAGGGCGGCGGGGAGGACUAUGGAGACGGGGGUUUGCCUCCCAAGGGACUACAGAGCUCCUCCGAUCCGAACAUUUGACAAUUAGGGAACGGCUCCCGGAGAGCCACCAGCGAGCCCAGGAGGACCACCAGGGUCUCAUUCCUCACACUGCUCGGCUCAAAGCGAAGAGAUAACUAAAUCGGAAGAGCACUUCCCCCCUCCUAGGGUGACCUCCUUCUACCUGGUCUUUUGUUGCAGAGUGUUGCAGAAUUUCCCCUAUAGCUUUUGCAGAGCAGAAUCCAUAAAUCAACUUAUUUUUUAAAAAAGUUGUAAAGUUUAUUCGUUAUUUAAAUAUUAUGGAUUGCAUGAAUAUUUUCAACACAAAAUUCAAUUUAUGUCUUAUUUUUUGUAAGCAUAAACUUUUAUCGAAGCAUAAUGUUUCAUGAUCACAGCGAUUAGCAUAUAAAUUUAAAAUAUUUGUCAAAAAUGAAAUAAAAUCACUGCUUAUGCUUUAGAGGUCACAAGCUCAAGCAAAAGAAAAGAUAGUCUAUCAAAUUUUAACGAAUUCCUCGUGCGGAAUUCCGGCUUAAAAAUAUUUAAAAAAAAUUUAUUGCAAAAAAAAAAAUGAAAGAAAUUCGGUGGCGAAACUAUUACAUCUCUUCGUUUAACAAGAAAAAACUGGUUUUGAAGUUUUGACUCCUGCCUUCCUUGUUAGUGAUUCGAUAAAUUUCAAUAACACUUCUUUUUUUAAGGAUCAUCUUGCGACCACUAUUGUGUAUACAUUUUUGACUUCGUUUUUCUGAAUGAAUUCAGAAACUUUGCAUUAAGGAUGGUGGAUGCGGAAUACUCUAUAUAAUCUGUUUUCAGUGAGAGUAAUAGAUAUUCUCUUGAUAAGAAGCACUUUUGGCGAUUUUGGAAACGAUUGACCAUUUGAAGGAGUUAAACUAGUUAUAAGUAAAUAUUUUGUUUCAAAAGUGAGCUACCAUUUUAAACCUAAGAUUGUUUUUCAAAUUAAUUGUAAAAAGUUCCGAAAAUAUAAUUUUAAGAAUAAAAAUAAUUAAUGCAAUUUUU